AUGUGGCGACAGGACAGCACUGCAACAAACAGCACCUGCGGCAGCAAGUCAUCGGCGUCGGCGCCUCUCAGCAGGCCCCCCACGUACCCAACAUCGCCGCAGAUGUGGAUGAAUCGGCCUACAGAAAAGGAGAAUGUACACGAGUCGACUGUGCGGCACUUCUCCGCAGACGAGAUGCGUGACGCCCCUGCCUUGGGCCACCGUGUGACGCGGAAAGAGGUCACAUUCGCCGGAGCCUCGCAGGGAGCUCUGGAGGAACUUGAAGGCAUCCUCACGUACAUUGAGUGCGUAACGGCGUCACUGUCGCACCGCGCUCGUGUCCCGCUGCCGCCGGAGGGCGUUCGUGCUGUGCAGAGCUCUGUUGUGGCAUCGCGCCGUGUGGUGAAUACGACCCAGCGUGACUGUUCUUUGGAUGGCUCGCUGGCUAUGGGUCUCCACAACAGCUCGAAUGCUUUGCUUGGCUGGCUCUCUAAGCUUGAGUACGUGUCCCUCUCACAAAUUGUGACGCUGCAGGAAGUUGAUAGAAAUGUCAACAUCACCGUGACAGACGUCCACGCAACACUGGACGCCAUUGAACUGCGGUAUCGCGACCAUGAAGUAACCGAUGUGGAGGAAUUUUUCUUGGGCAGCCAGCAGACACUUGAGGAAUGCCGUCGGGUUGUGCACAGCUUAUUCGAAGUGGCACAGAAGAUACUUGUUCUGCGCCGCGUUGUCGCCGAGAGGGAUCUCACUCGUGCAAAAGAGAUGCUUGAUGAGCACCGGCAGAAUCACCGUGCUGGUGGUGUCACACGUCUACACAGCCCCUUCUUUACAUGGAUGGAAAAGAAAUGGUUUCCAGCAAUGGAAGCAUGGAAUCAAAUAGUAUCGACUGUUUGUGAGCAGGCUGCGAUGGGUGAUGUUUCAGCGGCAGUUGCGCACGGGGAACAGGAAUUGCUCUCCCAGAGCAGCAUCAUCAGUGAAAUUCUGCAGUCCGGUGAGACUCUCUCAGAGCUUCUGCAGCAACAGCUGGAGAAGCCUCUUGCUGCUAUUUCGGAGUCAACAAAGCUGAAGCGCGACCGCAUCGAUGCACUGCGCGCUGCAGUCGCUGCCCCAAAGCUAAAUAAUCUUGCUGAAUGUGUUUGCGCCGUAGAGGAGCUUUCGUCAAACGGACAGCUGACGACGGCAGCAGAGCGGAACCUGCUUAAGGAGGGCAAGCGACUUAUUAUUCGUCUUCAGCAGGUAGAGAAUGUAGAGGCGGCAUUGCGCAUGGCGGCUCAGGUGGGCGAGACGGUCACGCUUUUCCGCACCAUACACCAAGCAAACGAGAUUCUCCUCCAGUUUGGUAUCGCUGGGGACACAGCGGUGAACAAGGAGGUUGUGGCACGCUGCAGCGCCCUUCUCUCAGAGAUGAUGGAAGUAAAGAACAUGACACCCAGCGACUUCAUCGCAAGGCGCGUCGAUCCCACAUCGAUUAGCGUCAUGCAUGUGCCGUCGCAGGUGUGGACAACCGAGACAACCGCUGCGUAUCAAGCGGCGUGUCAGACCUUCACAGCCCGUACCGCGCAGGACCUCGCCCGCCUUGAUCUAGAGCGGGUUCUCGAUGGCAACGAUGUUGCGAUGUUCAACCACACACUCAGCAGCGCGACUGACGACGCCAGCAACACGUCGUCGAACAAUCAACCCAUGCGGUUCACGCGGAUGUGCAGCAGGUAUCCGGCAAUUGGGGCUGUACGGGUGCAGGAGCUGCGCGCCACGCUGAAUCACGCCAAGGAGGUUGGUCUCAAGGGACAGGUGGUGCAGGAUGGAGAGGCGUGUCUGCGCUCAGUGGAGGCGCUUAAGCUGAAGGUGCACUUCGAGGCGCAGCUGCGCGUACUGCGGGUGCCCGACCCAGAUUGCAUCACCUUUGAUGAUAUCUACAAGAAGGUUUACGAGCUCUGCAUGCAACAGGUCGGGAGUUUGCCGAGAUCGGGCGGACAAAAACUGCGCAUGCGCUACCAGGACAAUGAGGGUGAUUGCAUUUCCCUCCUGACACAGGACGACUGGAAUGCGUUUCUGGCCGAGGAGGCACCAACUGGCCUAUGUGGCGCGAAACUGGAGUUGUACUGUGACUUUCCGCCGGUUCCCCAUGCACAUGUGGCGGAUACUGUGGUGUCGACGCCACCCGAGCCCGAGGAGGUCAUUGCCGCCCCAAAAUUGACAGUGGCACCCGUGGAGCAAGCUGCCGGUGCCUCAAACACGUUUCUUCGCUCCUCACUACUUGCCCCUCUCCGUGGGAAUGGUGCCGCAAAAGGCGUGCAGCCGAACCAGACGAAACUCGUUCGCUGUCGCAGUGCAGGUUUUGGUUUGCGUCAGGCGGGCUUGCUGACACGACACGUCACACCAAAGCGAACAUCCCUUGAUGAUUCAUGCCUGCAAAAGCCACCGCGGCUGCUGACCUCUGCUGCUGAACUGGAGAGCAAGUCAAAAGAGGUGCCGCGCGAGGCGAACCCCGCAGCGGCGCACGUCCACAGCAACCCGGCGGAGAAUGCGCAGGGCAGCACAACGCCGGGGCGCCGUGGACGCUGCCGCGUGUCAUCAGUCAGGUUGGGGGCUCCGUCGGCGAAGGCUGCCAAGCUGUUACCGUCGACUCACGGUGAAAAGCCAAAACGCAAGGCCAAUCAAACUGCUGGUGGCACACCGGCAAAGGCUUCUACUACCACCACUGCGGCUACUACUGCUACUACUGCUACUACUACUACUACUACUACUACGACUACUACUGCUAAUAUCACCGCUACUAAUACUGCUGCUGUUGCUGCCGCUACUACUGCCACCANAAAAGCCAAAACGCAAGGCCAAUCAAACUGCUGGUGGCACACCGGCAAAGGCUUCUACUACCACCACUGCGGCUACUACUGCUACUACUACUACUACUACUACGACUACUACUGCUAA